AUGAUCGAGGUGGUGCGCAAGGAAGUUCUUAAACUAUUGGAUGUGGGUAUCAUUUAUCCUAUUUUCUAUAGUAAGUGGGUAAGUCCGAUCCAAGUAGUUUCGAAAAAGUCGGGCAUCACUGUUGUGAAAAAUGAGGGAAAUGAACUUUUUCCUUCUUGUGUUCAAACGAGAUGGCAUGUUUGCAUUUAUUACAUGAAGUUAAAUACUGCUACCGGAUACAACCAAAUUGUUAUAGCUCAGGAAGACUAUUACAAGACAACAUUCACAUGUCCUUAUGACACAUUCGCUUACCAGCAUAUACCCUUCGGAUUAUGCAAUGCAUCGGCAAUAUUCAAACGAUGCAUGAUAAGUACUUUCCUUGAUAUGGUAGAAAAGUUCAUCAAGGACAUUGAGGUUGACAAGCCCAAAGUUGAUGUGAUACGUAGCUUGCCACCUCCAUCAUCAGUGAAAGAGAUCCAAUCCUUCUUAGGACAUGGAAAGUUUUCUAGAAGAUUCAUCACCGAAGCACUGGCAGAACUACUCCAAUGGCUUAGGUGGGCUGUAGAACAGUGA